UGCUUUUCAUCCUGGCCUGCACCGUUUCUCUCCGUUGCUUCAUCGAGUGUUUGGGCACCGCAAUGUCAAGUGUGCGUCGUGUUACAAUACCUACCUCACUGACGAGUUAUUGACCUUAUGCGUGGCGUUCAAUGCACCGUCGUUUGUCGCCUCAUCUUCACCUUUGGACUGGACCAAUUUCGUACAGUAACUUUAGAUACCUCAGCCUGAACGACCCCGUACCAAAAAGUAGACAUUUGUCCCCACUCGAUCGCCUAUCGCGGUGCUACCCAGCAUCGGUCUUUGCAUUUCUUGUACGAUUACGUUUGCUGGGCUCUUGUACGAUUUGCAUACCGAUGCCUUGCGCGCUCAUACCUGGGCAUAUAGAGGCUUGGGGCGCGCUGCUUACAAGACUGACCUUCUCUUGAAGCCCAAAUUUGUUUCUCCUAUACGAUAUAAAUUCGAGGAACUUUCAAUAUCAUAUCGUCACCUCCUC